AUGGCCGCAGCCAGAGGACUAUGCCGCCAUGCCCUUCAACCGCUAACACGGAGCGCCGGCCAGAGACUAUCGACGGAGCAGUAUGCGCAUUUGCAGAGCAUAUCAAGACAGAGCAGGCUGCUGUCUACUAUGCCAGUGGGGUCACAUCGACAUUUCCGAGCGGUCCUACGGACGUCGAGAACUCUGCAGCGCUCAAAUGGCCCAUCCAUAGCUAGCCGUGCUUUCUCCUCGACUUCCAAGCUGCUACAUGGACAUAUUACAAAGCCGAAGCCAGGUGAAGAGAUCAAGGUCACUUUCAUUGAUAAAGACGGCGAUCGACAUGACUUCGAAGUCGCAGAGGGGGACAAUCUACUUGAUAUAGCACAGGCAAAUGACCUUGAAAUGGAAGGUGCCUGUGGAGGUUCAUGCGCCUGCUCUACAUGCCAUGUAAUCGUGGAGAAUCCAGAUAUGUACGAUAAGAUGCCGGAGCCUGAUGAUGACGAGAAUGAUAUGUUGGACCUGGCAUUUGGCUUGACUGAGACGUCUCGGUUGGGAUGCCAGGUGAAGAUGACUCCGGAACUAGACGGCCUAGUUGUUACGCUACCGAGCAUGACUAGAAACUUGCAGGCUAGCGAUUUUGCGGAGAAGAAAUGA